CCGAGUUUCUCUUUUGUUAAUAGUAAGAAUAGGGAGACACCAAUUAAGUGUCAGAAGAUGCCGUCUUAUAUUCUAAAGUUUGAAUGUCUUCUUGGAAAGCAGAUUGUUAAACUUGAGCUUCCUGUUGGUACCUCUUUAUAUGGCACUGGGGAGGUUAGUGGGCAGCUUGAGCGGACAGGAAAAAGAGUUUUUACUUGGAACACGGAUGCGUGGGGAUAUGGUUCUGAAACUACGUCAUUGUACCAGUCGCAUCCAUGGGUGCUAGCUGUUCUACCUUCCGGAGAGGCAUUAUGAGUUCUUGCAGAUACCACAAAGCGAUAUGAG